GGCUCGCCCGCGCUCCGCGUCUCCGCGGCCCCCAGCGCUCUCGGGCCCGGCGAUCGCCGCGCGGCAGCGAGGAGGAGGAGGGCGGCGGUCGGCGGGCAUGGGCGGCCCCGCGGCUCCGAGGGGCGCCGGGGGACUCCGCGCGCUGCUGCUGGCGCUCGUGGCCGCGGUCGCCCCCGCGGGCGCCUACAACCUGGACCCCGCGCGGCCCGUGCGCUUCCAGGGGCCCGCCGCGUCCUUCUUCGGCUACGCGGUGCUGGAGCACGUCCACGACAACACGCGCUGGGUUCUCGUGGGUGCACCAAAGGCGGAGUCCAAGUACAGCACUUCAGUGAAGUCCCCCGGAGCUGUGUUUAAGUGCCGCGUCCACACCAACCCCGAACGGAGAUGCACCGAACUGGACAUGGCUCGAGGGAAGAGCCGGGGUACAUCCUGUGGGAAGACCUGCCGGGAAGACCGAGAUGAUGAGUGGAUGGGGGUGAGCCUGGCCCGGCAGCCCAGGGCGGAUGGCCGCGUGCUGGCCUGUGCCCACCGCUGGAAGAACAUCUACUACGAGACAGACCACAUCCUACCCCACGGCUUCUGUUACAUCAUCCCGUCCAACCUGCAGGCCAAAGGCAGAACACUCAUCCCUUGCUACGAAGAGUACAAGAAGAAGUACGGAGAAGAACACGGCUCAUGCCAGGCAGGCAUAGCAGGCUUCUUCACCGAGGAGCUGGUAGUGAUGGGCGCCCCUGGGUCCUUUUAUUGGGCUGGGACUGUCAAAGUGCUGAACCUAACAGACAACACCUACUUCAAACUGAAUGAUGAGGCCAUCAUGAGCCGGCGGUACACUUACCUGGGCUAUGCAGUUACUGCUGGACACUUCUCUCACCCAUCCACCACUGAUGUGGUCGGAGGUGCUCCUCAAGAUGAAGGCAUUGGGAAGGUUUAUAUCUUUAGAGCUGACCGAAGAUCAGGAACUUUAGUUAAAAUUUUCCAGGCCUCCGGCAAAAAGAUGGGCUCUUACUUCGGCUCCUCCUUGUGCGCAGUUGACCUGAACGCGGACGGCCUCUCUGACCUGUUGGUGGGGGCCCCCAUGUUUUCUGAGAUCAGAGACGAGGGGCAGGUCACCGUCUACAUCAACAGAGGAAACGGAGCCCUAGAGGAGCAGCUGGUGCUGGCCGGAGACAGCGCUUACAAUGCUCAUUUCGGGGAGAGCAUCGCCAGCCUGGACGACCUGGAUGAUGACGGGUUCCCAGAUGUGGCCAUUGGUGCCCCCAAGGAGGACGACUUCUCGGGCGCUGUGUAUAUCUACCACGGGGAUGCUGCUGGGAUCGUGCCUCAGUACUCAAUGAAACUGUUGGGGCGGAAGAUAAACCCGGUGCUGCGGAUGUUUGGCCAGUCCAUAUCAGGAGGCAUUGAUAUGGAUGGAAACGGCUAUCCUGAUGUCACGGUCGGAGCCUUCAUGUCAGACAGCGUGGUUCUUCUGAGGGCGAGGCCCGUGAUCACCGUGGACGUCUCUGUCUUUCUCCCCGCCUCUGUCAAUAUCACCGCCCCCCAGUGCCAUGACGGGCUACAGCCCGUGACCUGCCUGAAUGUCACCGUCUGCUUCAGCUUCCGUGGCAAGCACGUUCCUGGAGAGAUCGGCCUGAAUUACAUCCUGACUGCAGAUGUGGCCAAAAAGGAGAAGGGCCAGGUUCCCAGGGUCUACCUGGUGCUGCUGGGAGAGUCCGUGGGCCAGGUCGCCGAGACCCUGCAGCUGGUUGCCAGGGAGGAGACCUGCCGUCACUAUAUAGCUCACGUGAAGCGGCGGGUGCAGGACGUCAUCAGCCCCAUCGUGUUUGAAGCUGCCUACAGCCUGGGAGAGCACGUGACAAACAAGGAGGAGAAGGAGCUGCCGGCCCUGACCCCCGUGCUCCGCUGGAAAAAGGGGCAGAAGAUCGCCCAGAAGAAUCAGACGGUGUUUGAAAGAAAUUGCCAUUCUGAGGACUGUGCAGCCGACCUGCAGCUCCGGGGUCAACUGCUGCUGUCUGGCGUUGAUGACAAGACCCCGUAUCUGGCUCUGGGUGCUGUGAAGAACAUCUCCCUGAACAUAUCCAUCUCCAACCUUGGGGAUGAUGCCUAUGAUGCCAAUGUGUCCUUCAACGUCUCCCGAGAGCUCUUCUUCAUCAACAUGUGGCAGAAGGAGGAAAUGGGCAUUUCCUGUGAACUGCUAGAAUCGGACUUCCUUAAGUGCAGUGUGGGGUUUCCUUUCAUGCGGUCCAAGUCAAAGUAUGACUUCAGCGUGAUCUUUGACACAAGUCACCUCUCUGGGGAAGAGGAUGUCCUCAACUUCAUCGUUACGGCUCAGAGUGGCAAUGUGGAGAGGCCCGAGUCCCUGCAGGACAACACACUCAUGCUGGCUGUGCCGCUAGUGCACGAAGUGGACACAUCCCUUAAAGGCAUCAUCUCUCCUACCUCCUUUGUGUACGGCGAGUCUGUGGAUUCCACCAACUUCAUUCAGCUGGAGGACCUGGAGUGUCAUUUCCAGCCUCUGAACAUCACUUUCCAGGUCUAUAACACUGGGCCCAGCACUCUCCCAGGCUCUUCCAUCAUCAUCUCUCUCCCCAACCGACUGUCAUCUGGCGGCGCAGAGAUGUUUCACAUCCAGGAGAUGGUGGUGAGUCAAGAGAAGGGAAACUGUUCUUACCAGAAAAAUCCAACUCCCUGCGUUAUCCCUCAAGAACAGGAGAACAUCUUCCAUACAAUAUUUGCUUUUUUCACAAAGUCUGGAAGAAAAGUCUUGGACUGCGAAAAACGGGGUGUUCCUUGCCUCACAAUGCACUGCAACCUGAGUGCGCUUGCGAAAGAAGAAAGUCGAACAAUUGACAUUUACAUGCUGCUGAACACAGAAAUACUGAAGAAGGACAGCUCAUCUGUCAUCCAGUUAAUGACCCGCGCCAAGGUGAAGGCAGCUUCAGCACUGAAGGUGGUGGAGGUGGCCCAUGGGAACCCAGAAGAGAUAAUGGUGGUCUUCGAAGCCUUACACAAUCUGGAGCCCCGUGGCUACGUCGUGGGAUGGAUCAUCGCCAUCAGCUUGCUGGUGGGAAUCCUUAUCUUCCUGCUGCUGGCUGUGUUGCUCUGGAAGUUGGGUUUCUUUCGCCGAAGGUACAAAGAAAUUAUUGAAGCUGAGAAGAACCGGAAAGAGAAUGAAGACAGUUGGGACUGGGUCCAGAAAAACCAGUGACCGCCCGCCCCGCACCAGUCCCAUGACCCAAUGGUUCGCCUGUUGUCCUUGAUCUUUGUAUCUUCCAUAUUUGGAAGAAAGAAUCUUCUCCAGAUUUUUCGGAGGCCCCACUGAUGCUGUUCUCUUCCUCAUUCUAUCAAGCCCAGGUGCCAAUCCGAGGCAGCCACUUUGGCCAGGUCACAUGACUCUGCCACCACCACAUCCUUCUGAACAUGAACUCUGAACUUUGGAAAGGAAGUGACAGAGCCGAGCAAUAUUUAUGGAUGCAACAUGCGUGGUCAACCCUCAGGGGAAAACUGUUACCUAAAAGUAUUUUUAUAAAUAUAAGCUUUUUAUACUGAUUAUGUCUUUAUAUUUGUAUCAAUGUUUUAUUAUUUCUAUUAAAUAGUUAUAUAAUUCACUCAAGCACUGAUAUCUGGCCUGAAAUCUUGGAAAUACCUGUACAUGCUUACAAAAUUUUAUGGAUUUUUUUUUAAAUAGUAAUCUAACUGUAUUUUGGAACUUGCUGUUUAAAGAAAAAGACUUGCAGAGAAAGGCAUCUGAAGAAACCUCUUGCUAUGAGUUAGUGAGCUGCAGAGAUUGUGGGCAUGGCACAACUGCUCAGACAUUUCACCUCUUCACUGCUUGGAGAUGAGUUUGGAGUCACGUGCAAAUGCGGGACUGAUUGAAGAAAGACUCUUAGGAUUUUUUUUCCUCCUAUGUUGCUUUCUUUGGAAGAUUCCCAGCAGAAGUCUGAAUGGAAAACCCUGAUUUCUAGCAACAAGUCUGUUCAGCAUCACCUAUAUACAGGAGGCCUCUUACCCUCCUUCCGUUUGGAUUCAUGGACAAAAGCCUGGAGCCAUGCCAGGCAGUCAUCUGGUAAACCUCACGAUGACAUCUCAUCCCAGACAUUGUGCCUCAGAGUCCACACAGCAUAAGGACUGAAUCAGUGCUCACCAGGCAAAGACUUGUGUCUGAAUGUUGUGAUGUGUUGUCUUUGUGUGCUACUCUGGCUUCCGAGGGCUCCAUUUCUCUCUACCACUCUUGUGUCCCAAGUUAUGGCAGUUGCAAAUUCCUUCUCAAGAUGACCACUCAGUCUGUCCUUAUAUGUUUUUGUGUCUUUGGUGAGGUGCCUAAGAAACAUAUCCCGAGUCUAGGGUUUGCAUACAAAUAACUUAUUAAGGAAAUAUUCUGCCAGUGACACCAGUAAGGGAGUGAGAAACGCAGGGCCAGCAAGGGGAGGGAGCAAGACCAGGGUGCUAUUUCAGACAGCUCCUAUCCUUCAACGUGCCCUGCCAUGGAUCUCUGGAGGGUAAGUUACUCCUCAGAGUUGUCCCAACCUUUAUAUACCCAUGAGAGAAGUAAACUUUCUGCCUCAGUUCCUCCUAUCGGGAGGGCUCCAGUAGCUACAGGCCUUUUCUCUAACUGAGAUAUACAAGUGCAUCCCCCAAUAUGCAGGGUGCUACAGAAAUUAUAUCAAGGAAUCCAGGAAUGUCACUUGCUUUCUCUCCUAUCUGUUGAAUGUAUGAAUAUUGAGUUAUUACCUUCAGUCACCAAGCUCUCCAUGUGGCCAUGUUUGUGAUCAGAGUUGGUGCUGCUGCACAGUUUUUAGUACAGUGUGAUUUUCUAAAAGUACAACGAGAUGAUGGAUGCAGCAUGCAUGGCACUGCAUCUUGCCCAGAGUGUACACUCAGUGACCUCUGGCAGUUCUGGCUAUCACUCUCACUGCUGAAUAACCCGCCAAAACAAGAGAGAAAGCAAGUAGCUGAAAACAGAGUUCUCUCAGAGUCCUAAAUGGCUUAUUCCAGGCUUCUUAAGCUCUGGCAUCACAGAGGAAGGAAACAAGAAACAACACCAAGUGUCUUAGUUAUAGGUCCUGAUUUCGUGGAACCCACUCCCUCCCCCCCCCCCAUGUUUGGGGAUCCAUAAACAUAGUUUAAAAGAUACACAACUUAAUGUUUCUGGGGAAACAUGUGUUUCAUACACAUACUUGACUGAUGCUUGCAAACAGACCUAAAAUUCUGGCAAGAUUCCAAGGGUGCUAGGUAGUAACAAAGCUGGCGUGGAGUAUCCUUUGAUUUCUUAUUAGGCAUUUGACUAAUGCAGGAAGAGGAGUGAGUCAUAUUUCCCUUUCUGGUGAACAUGGGGAAAGGCAGGAAAAGCCAGAGAGUCAAUGGCGUGAACUAGACUGAUCUCAGAGUGAAACUGGAUGUUGCUUCUGAGGAAUAGGGUCACAGAGGUAACCACAGAGCAAGCAUGGGCAGAGAAACCAGCUCUCAUUGAGAUGUCUAUGAGAUUUGCUGACGGUAAUCAAAGCAGUAUUGAGUAGGUUUCAAUUACUCAUUUAGCAGCUAUUUAUAGGGUCUCUGAUGGAUUUCAGGCACUAGUAACUAGAGGUGCCCCAGGGUAUGUUUUGAGGUAUGUUUUUUGCUUGGGGGAGACAACUUGGGGGGCCCUCCUUACAACAUAGUUCAGAAUGUGAAAUCCUUGCUGAGACCUUCUCUGCAGCUGUCUUGGUUGAAAUCUUACCCCUAAAGUGACGUUGGCCUUUAAUAAGUUCUUUAAGUAGGAGUCUCAGGUGGUAGAUCUGGUCUUUCAAUAUCAGCAGCUAAGGCCAAAUACAUUUCUAGCCACUAUCCAGUCUCCUGCCCAGGGCUGCAUGGAAGAGAGAAGACCAUAGAUUUGAGUUUAGCCAGCCCCGGGGGAGAGAACCUCACUUUUGGGAAGACAGUCUCAGAGUCAGAAUUCAAUGCUUCUGGUUGAUUCUGUGUGGUCAUCUCACAGGGUUUUAUGAGGCAGUCUUCACUGGACCUCACUAGAAGCGGUGAUUGGCAAUCACUCCAGGAACCCAUGUGAAGAAGGAUAGCAGUGCCUCUCCCUGUCAGAGCUCUGAGCAGCAGGCACUGGGAGAUUGGGGGGCAGACGGGGGGAGUUCAGUUUUCAGCUUAGUGAUGGAGAAAACAGUAGAGCAUAUUGCUAGCACUCUCUCAACUUGGGCGAUUGACCAGGUCCAUCCAGGUCAAGAGGCUCUCAGGGGAAGCAGACAGAGUGUUACUCAUAUUACAUCUCCAGAAUAUUCUUUAAAACUCCACUGUGCUUUCUGAUUCCACCCUUUCUGCUUCUGUGGGCUCAUGGCGAGAUUCUAUAAGAUCUCUUGUACCAAAUGACCCCAAGUUAAGUUGGACAUUUACCAACUGUCAGGAGGAUGGAGAUGCUUUAUAAUUGUGAAAGGAAUCUUUAAAAAGAUGGAGUAAAAUACUGGCCCUUCUUCCAAAAAGAUUCACUUAGCUCAAUUUACAAGGGACUUGAGAAUUUGGAGCAUCCCCUGAGUGAGCCUGCAGCCAAGAGGCCUUGACAUCUAGGAACUAGAGCACACACAGGCACAUGUCAGGAAUCAUUUCCUCUGGAGGUCAUGAGGCUCUGACAGUUCUUCAGGAACUUUCCAUCAGCAUCACCAAGAAGUAUGGUAAGCUUUCAGAAGAUCCAAUAGAAAGACUCACACCUACAGUCCUUGACCAAGGACAUGGAGGUUAAAAACAGCCAGUAGCACUACUGGGAACAUCUGGGACCCACUUUCAUUGCCCAAGUAUAGUACCCCUCCCCGCCCCCACCCCCAGUGAUAUGUGAGUGCUGCAUGUUGCCUGUUGAAGCCUAGUUUAGUGAUUUCUUUAAAAGUUAUUCUAUUGGGGUAUUUUUUGGCUACAUUAUGGCCAGGUGAACAGUUAUGUCUAGGUGAUAUACAAAACCUAGUGAAACCUACUUGGUCCAAACUUCAUGAAAUUUAGAGGUGCACAGCAAAUAAUUGUUCUUUGGGAGAAAUGGUUCUUUAGCAGAUAAGAGGUAUAAAUUGUGUGUUAUUUCAUAAAUGCUCCAAUAUGCAGGGUUUUAGUUCUGCUUUGUUUUGCUACAUAGAGCAAUAAUAUAUACAGUGGAGAAUUUUUUUAAUGAGGAAUGGCUGAAAGAAGGAUACAGAGCCAGUAGGGCCAAAGUAAAUGCUUCUAAAUCAUCUUCUGAUUUUUCAGCACACUGGGAGAAUACUGAACAAGUUCUCCAUGUGACACAAUGCUGUAUAGCACAAUGCUCUCGAUUUUGCUAAGGUUUUUGAAUUUUCUAAUGUGCACGGUAUGGUUGGCAGCAUGAGUUCUGAAAGCUUGAAGAGUGAUAGCUUUGCAUAGCAGGCACUUCACUGAGUUCACCUCCAGAACUUGCUUGAUGCCUCCCACACAUUUCUGUUGAGGGACUUUGGUGGGAGGGUCAUUUCUCUCCGCAAACUCACGUGUAUUAACGUCUAUGCCAUCACUUCUAAUUUACUGACACUGUUUGGAAAAUGCAGGUUUACAAAUAUACAUGUUUGGAAUAAAGAAUGGCUACCAAGGAUUCAGGAGUCUGGUCUGCGGUUUCUUUGCUAAUGGAAAAUGUGAGCCUUUUUAAUAAGGGGUUCAAGAAGGGUUUUCCGUGGGACACAACAUAAUAAUUAAAGAGUAUGUCCAGGUCCAUCCAAUUGCACAUGAAUCACCCACUCAGUGUGACUUGAACUGUCCUCCUUGCGUGGCCUCUGUUUCGUGGCCACUCCUCUGCAUCUCCCAUCUCCCAAAGCCAUAACCUU